AUGGCUUCGUAUAAGGCCUUGUAUGGACGGAAGUGCCAAUCUCCACUUUGUUGGUACGAAUCGAGUGAAGUGAGUGUUUUGGGUCCAGAUUUGGUAGCAAAGACUACUGAGAACAUUAAGAAGAUUCGUGCAAGGAUUUUGACUGCACCAAAGCCGACAGAAAAGCUAUGUGGAUCAGAGAAAGAAACCAUUCUAAGGCACUUUGGGCCGGUGGCGUAUCAAGUAACUUUGCCACCUCACUUGUCUAACUUGCAUGACAUAUUCCACGUAUCACUGCUCCACAAGUACACGUCGGAUACGGCUCAUAUGUUAGAGCCUGAGUCGGUCGAGUUGAAGGAAAACUUGACUUUCCAAGUAACACCAGUAGGUAUUGAUGACACUAGUGUGAAGAAACUGCGAGGAAAAGAAGUUCAGUUGGUUAAAGUAGCUUGGGAGCGAGCAGGAGUUGAAGAGGAUACUUGGGAAUUAAACUCUGAGAAGCGAAAGGAUUAUCCUGAGCUUUUCUCAAGUAAUCAUUAA